GUGAACGCCACCGAUAGGAAGUAGGAACCACCAAAUCUGGCGGGCCCUUCCUCCCAUAAAAUCCCUCCCAUUAUUGCUGCCAGACCCAGACUUCUGCGAAGCUUGAGUGACGAAGCGACGACAAUGGUUUGCAGCUCGAUCCAAGGUGGCCUUCUUCUCCCCCUCCACUCCGGGACUGCAAAAGGCUUUGGCUCCCGGACCACCUCCAUCCUCGAGCAUAACGCUGCCGGUCUUGCCACCAUUUAUAGUGACAGAAGCGGCAGAGGACGCUUAAAGAGACGGGCGGCGUCGUUCUCGGCCGGAGACCUCCGGCCGGAGCUGGAUGAGAACCCGGAGCGAAUCAUAUCCGGAGAAUGGCCUGAGAACUACUCCCUCCUCGUCUACGAUGACUUCCGUGCUUAUCUCGAGUCGCAAGCAAUUGCUCACAAGCACGAGUUGCGUUCAUCCUCGCUUCUUGGGGAAGUGAUGUCCGUGCCGAUACGGGUGGCGAUGGCUGACCAGAUGCUGGAAGAGAUCGACCACCAUUUUGAGUUCGUCUCGGGGCUUCCGGUGGUCGACGGUGAGCUCAGAUGCGUAGGGGUCGUUUCCAAGAAUGACAGGGCCAAAGCGUCAAAUGGGCUAAAGACUAAGGUUGGUGAAGUCAUGGCAUCUCCUGCCAUCACACUGUCACCUCGUGAGACAGUGAAGGAUGCUGCAGCCUUGAUGCUCAGGAAGAAGAUCCACAGGAUACCAAUCCUAAAUGAGGAAGGGCAGGUGAUAGGAAUGGUUACUCGUAGGGAUGUAUUCCAAGCGCUAGAAGCUGUGGAAGUUUAGCUCGCGACCCCGUCGUUCGUGGUCACUCUGCAUAUACCUGUGAAUAAACUUAUAUGGAAGUCAUGAAUCUGUACGUUUGAAUUGUAUAUCGCGCUGUUUCUUCUGUUGCAGAAUUGUAACUAUGUUAGACAUAUAACUGGAACUAGGUAUUGAAAGCUGAUGUGUAUAGGCCAUGAAACCAUGGAUGGUUAAUUUCAGCUUCAGGUUUUGGUA